AUGCAUUCGACAUUAACGACAGAUCUUUCGAUUCUUUAUGAAAAUUUAAAUGAAACUACUAGUACGAAUAAUGAAAAUGUCGUUUUAAUCAAAACAGGUGCUUUCAAUCCUAUUCAUCGUGCUCAUAUUUCCAAUAUGAUCAAAACAAAAGAAUAUUUAGAAUGUGUACAUGGUUUUCGUGUCAUUGGUGGUUAUCUAUCGCCUAGCCAUGAUCAAUAUGUUCAAGCUAAAUUAGACGAGGAAUUUAUUAGUGGACAUCAUCGAAUUCGAAUGUGUGAAGAAGCUAUAAAAGAAGCAAAUCAACAAUACUGGCUCAGUGUUGAUAAAGCUGAGAUUAUGGCUCCCCAACUCAUUUCCUUGUUAAAAGUGACACUUAGUCUACAAAUGUUCAUCAAUGAAAUGGUCAAGUUAGAAAGGCCUAUUCGUGUCAUUUAUGUUGCUGGUCUAGAUCUAUUCAAUGAUUGCCAUGGUAUGAAAGGGAUGCAACAGUCACCCUGGAAUGGUAUUGCUGUUGUUUAUCGAUCUGGUGAACAAGAAGAUCUUAUCAAAUCAAUGCAUUCUCUUACUUCAGAAAAAUUAUACUAUGUUCGAGACGAUAGUCCUGAUAAUCAAACAGAAGGAUUGAAUCAAAUUAGUUCAACACAAAUUCGACAAAUGAUGAAAAAUGAACAGUCGUGUGAACAUUUAACGUAUUCAUCAGUUUUGAAUUAUUUGAAAAUGAUUUCAAUAUAA